AUGGCGUCAACGGCGCCGGCGGCUGCUCUCCUCUUCCCGCUGCUGCUGACCGCCCAGACGCUGGGCCAGAAGGUGAGCCUGAAGCAGUGGAACGAGCUCAGCGUCGAGCGGUGGGACGAACUGACGCCACUGCUGCCCCGCUCAUCACUGCUGUCGGAGCGCAGUCUGGACGUGCCCGGGGAGCUGCUGCUGACGGAGUUGCCGCUGCUCGGCAAGCAGCUGGGGCGGGCGGCCAGCUCCGCGCGGCACUGGGUCACGCCGUACCAGCUGCAGCGGCUGCCCGCGCAGCGUUUCGACAGUGACGCCCAGGUGGGCGAUUAUGGAAAGUUCGAGUUGUCCACGGGGGUCACGGUCACCUUCACGUCUCUCAACUUCCCGGACCAAUAUCCUCCGGUCCAGUGGAAGACUUGGAUAUUCACGGCGGUCGACGCCGGCGCAUCUCUGCAAAUGACCUGUGACGUCUAUGAACUGGGUGACGGCGACCGAGUGGUGCUACGUAAGUCGGAUAGUGGCAGGCGGACGUACUACAGCUCCGCCGACUCGCCGCCAGAUGUCUAUCAGCGCCGGAUCAUGAUCGAGCUCCGCUCCAGGUCGAGCGGCCGUCUGCGUUGUUCAGUGCAGGCCGUAGCUGGGGCGGGCCGUCCGCCACCAGGUCAAGUGUCUCCCGCACCGCCGCAACCCAAGCCCGUCACGACGCCGGAGCCGACCAAGCCCAAACCCGUAACGCAGCCGGCGCCUGCUAAACCUAAACCUGUGACCCAGCCGGAUGCGGACAAGCCCAAGCCCGUGAACCAACCAGGGUCGGGAAGGCCGACACCAGUGACCCAGCCAGGGUCAGCCAAGCCUGAGCCUGAAGUGGGCAAACCCGCGAGCAGACCGAUUAGCUCGAUAUCCAAGCCAGUGACCACCGGGACUAGGCCGGAGGAUAUUGGCUCCAGAGUGGUGAACAUCAACGACCCCAUCUGCGGCAAGAUCCAAAAGAACAUUCGGAUUGUAGGUGGAAGCCCAGGUGGAGAAGGCGUUUCCAUGGAUGGUGGGUGUGACCAGUUUAAUCGGCAGAGGCCCGUUCUGCGGCGGCAGCAUCAUCAACGAACGCUUCAUCCUGACAGCUGCGCACUGCGUCAGAAGCCGCGAGGCGAGAAGCAUCAGUGUGCUGGUCAGGAAAUUCCAGCGUUACAAAGACCCGGAUCAGAUCCGAUUUUAUGUCAAACGGAUCAUCAAUCAUCCCGACUACAACAAGAUCAAAUCGGACAGCGAUAUUGGACUGCUAGAGCUGAAGGAGUCGCUGCGCGAUCUGAUCUGGCGCGCCGACGGCCGGGUGCGGCCCGUCUGUCUGCCGGAGCGGGCUUGCGGCGGCGGCAGCGGCGCGGCCUGCCUGGUCGAUCGCACCGCACUCAUCGCCGGCUGGGGCCUGCUGCGCCAGGACACGCUCGACUAUCCAGACAUCGCGCUCCAGGUGGAGCUGCCCGUGCUCACCAACGAGCAGUGCAACCGGGACUACGUCGGCGAGCCCUACAACAUCACCGACAACAUGAUCUGCGCCGGCCUGGAGAAAGGCGGCAAGGACACAUGCCAGGGCGACAGCGGCGGUCCGAUGAUGAUCAGAUCCGAUGCCGACGAAAUCCACACGCUCGUCGGUGUCGUCAGCUCCGGCAAGGGCUGCGCGCUGGCCGGCUAUCCUGGAAUCUACACGCGCGUGUCAGAAUAUUUUGACUGGAUCCGGGACAACAGCAUGCUAUAAACAUGGUGAAUCUUGCGUGACGUGGUGAAGAAACAGUUCUGUAAGAGAAAGACCACCUCGCUUCGCCCACUUCAGAUCACCCCAGAGAUCAGACAUUUGUCUAUUUGUUGCGACGCUUGUGAGAUGAAUGACUAUUGCCGUAAGGCCCUGUGAGCGAAGAUCUCAACUCACCUGAUGUUGAAUGUGAACUUGGUGUGUAUGGUGCGGCGGUGUGGUCAUUGCUGCGGGCGGGGGCCGGUAACCGACCUUUGCGGGUCCUGACCGUGCCUUUGCAGUUCGUGAGAAGAUGUGUUACUCGUGAGCUAGCGUAAAAAAACGUGACUUACACCAGUUUGGCGCUACCAUCAGUGAUUCAACAUUUCAGAAUGCUUAGUUUUGUUUUUGAGAUCAAAAUAAAUCCAAAAGCGUGAUUGAACGUUUCAUAAUAUUCCUUGAGCUUUUAUAAAUGUCUACACGUUUGAAAAUGCGCCUUGAUUUUCCUCUCCUAGGAACAUCUCAGCACCGCUGCACGGGUUUGUAUGUCUCGACAUAGUGAAUAUUAAGAAUACAGGUCACUGAUCUACACAUAUUUGUCUCAUGUCGUUUGAUUUCUCUACGAAAAAGUAAAUCGGAUGCGGUUUGGUGUCCGAUUCGAGGCAGGGCAGUACAGGUGUCAAAGCAGAACAGGGUUUGGUGCAUUUGAUCUGUCUUAAGAAUAUUUGGUGUUCAUAUGAACAUGGCAGAUGAAUUAAUAGAUGUCUAUUUGGAAUUAUGUUAAAAAAUGCCGCAUUGCUUAAGACUAGGCUGCAUUUCUAAAGUCAUACUAGUGAUAAAUCCGUUCUGCGUUGUAAUGCUGUGUGUACGUAAACUUCUGUUUGCGUCAUAGGACAAGUGACCUUGUUACUGUUUGCUGGUUUUAAAUAAAUUCUCUGCGUAUUUAAAAGCGUUGAUAAAAGGUAUCGAUAAAAUAGUACUAAAAGCGUUAUUCCUUGGAGAGAAACCAGGAGAAUGAAAAUGUAGAUGCACUGAAUUUUUCAUGCUCACUUCUUCUCUUUGUUUCGAUAUAGGCAUGCUGCCGAAAUAUCAACGCAUCUAUAUUCCGUUCUCCUGGUUUUUCUUCGAGGAACAAGGCUAUUACUACCGUCUCAUCUACGUGAAUAAUGCUCCUCGCAAAUGCACUUAACAACUUACGUAAAAACGUAUUGAUGUCAUGGGGUCAUGAAUGAAAUAAAAAAGAA